AUGGAAUCGACUGAUCACUUGGAUAAUCUCCCACCAUCCGCUCGACUUGCUCUCCAACACGCUCAGGCUACUCACGAUGCUCCUCUCGACGCGACUGAACCUGCCGUGCAAGAACAAGAACCUGCUGUCCCAAGUGCCAAUGAUCCCGUCGUUGUAGACAACGCUGCCUUUGCUGAACCCAUCAUUGCUGGAGACGUUCCUAUGCCUCGUACUCCCACUGCACCAUUGGCUUCUACCAAGGAAAAGAAGAAAGAAAAACUUGAUCUGUCAUCGGAAUCGGCUUUCCCUUCAUUGUCACCUGCUGGUUCAGCCCCACGUCCACCAGCUCUUUCAGCUUGGUCCUCUUCUUCGGCACGUGUCAAGACUACCCAUAAGCCUGCCAAUGCUUCUUCCACUGGUGCUGCUGCUGCUGCUGGUAAUACCAAAGCCAAGGCAUCUUCUGCUGCUUCAUCCGCUCCUCCCGUCACUGAAAUGCUUGAGCUUCCUGCUAAUCAGCAAAUCGCCAAUCUUCCCAGCAAGCCUCUUGGUUUCAAAGGCAGUGCCGAUGUGAUCCAACAAGUCAUGUCAAAGACUGGUACCAAUAUCAUCGCUUCUACCAAUCGUUCAGGAACCACCACAUUCUUGAUUCAGGGCCCGCCUACUGACGUAGCCAAGGCAAAGCGUGAAUUGAUUGCUGGUCUCGUUGUCAAGCGUACGGUGGAGAUUGCUGUCCCAGCUGCUACUCGUCGUUUCAUCAUUGGUACCAAGGGCAAGAAUUUGCAACAAAUCGAAGUCAAGUCCGGUGUUCGUAUCAACUUCCCUCCUCGUAAGGAUGAUGAAGGUGAACCUGCUGAGGAUGAGACUGUACCUGUAACUUUGGUGGGUGAUGCUGCUGGUAUUGCUAUCGCCAAGACUGAAAUUGACAAGAUUGUCGGUGAAAAGACAGCCAAGCAGACCAUCAAGGUAGAAGGCAUUGAUAGCAAGUAUCAUCUUUUCUUAUCGGGUGCUCGUGGUGAAGCUCUUCAAGCACUUGAAGCUGAAUUGGGUGUCAAGGUGCAAAUGCCACCUCUUGUGGGUGCUGCUGGUCCAAUCACAAUCUCUGGUGACAAGGAAAAGGUACAAGAGGCAAAACAAAUUUUGGAGAAGCGGGCUGCCGAUUUGGAAAAGAACUAUCGCACUGCUGCCAUCAGCGUCCCCAAGCGCCAGCACAAGUAUCUUUUGGGCAAGAACGGUGAAACACUUCGGGAGAUCUUGGAAGAAUCAGGUUGUACCAUUGAGGUCCCACCUGCCAAUGAUGCUUCAGACUCCAUCACUAUCCGUGGUCCCAACGAAUGUUUGCUUGAAGGCUUGUCUCUUGCUAUGGCCAAGGCUCGUGAAGUGCAUGUCAAUGCUUUGGAUUUGGUCGAGAUGAACAAGGGCACUCCCAAGCCUUUUGAAUACGCCAAGGCGAUGCUCAAGUACUUGGUUGCUCAUGGCAGCUUCAGCAAGAUUGAAAGCGAAUACAAUGUCCAGAUCAGUGUACCCUCCAACCUUAGUGCAUUGAACAACUCGGUGCCCGUUGAGUUUGUCAGCAAGGAUGAGAAGGCAAUGAUUGAAGCAUACAAGGCUGGUUUUGACACAUGCCGUGCAUUGACCCCUGAGCUUUUUGCUACCGUGGAUAUUGAACCCCAUCUCCACCGUCACAUUGCUGUACGCCACGCACGUCAAAUCCAACGCAUCAAGUCGCGUCAUGCUGUUGAAGUUUAUUUCGCCAAUGAUAAGGAUGAAGAUGAUAUUCCUACCGUGGCUCUCAUCUAUGAUGGCAAGGAAGGUGAUGCUCAACAAAAGGCUGCAGCUGCCAAGGAUGCUUUAGAGGCUGCUAUUGCUGAGAUCAAGAAGAUUGCUGCUGAUUCUUCUGAUUUCGUCAGCCAAACUGUCAACAUCCCUGCCGAUUACCAUCAUUACAUCUCUGGUCCCAAUCGCACCACCUUGAAUGCCAUUAUUGGUGGCUCCGAUUCGGCUAUUUCGGUCCGAUUUGGAGGUGCAUCUCCCGAUGCUGUGAAUGUUCGUGGUUCUGCCAACGAGGUGAAGCACGUGAUUGCAGAAAUCAACAAGAUUUAUGACGCUGCCAAGCGCGAUGAGUUUGUUGGCUCUUAUGCUACCGAGUUCACUAUUCCUGCUGCUUACUCGGCCCAUGUGAUUGGCAAAGCUGGUGGCAACAUCAACAAGCUCAAGGAAGAACUUGGUGUCAAGAUCGAUAUCUCUGAUGUGGGAUCCUCAGCUGGUAAUGAUGAUUUCAAGAGUGUGAGCAAAAAGAACAAGAGCCAGGCCAAGGUGAAUGUGGUGAUCCAGGGUAUUCAAACCAAUGUGGAAGCAGCCAAGGAGCGUAUCCAUAGCUUGGUUAGCAGUCUUGCCGAUCAGACCACCUUGACGCUUAAUGUGCCACGCGAAUUCCAUCGUCAUUUGAUUGGUCCUAAUGGCCGUUAUGUACGCAAACUCGAGGACAAGUAUAAUGUAUAUAUCAAGUUCCCCAAGUCUGGAUCAGAGCAAAAUGGCAGCAGCAGCAGUGGUGAUGCUAUCACUGUGCGUGGACGCAAAAAGGAUGCAUCAUCAGCAAAGGAGGAGUUGAUGGAACUAUAUGAAUAUGAAAAGGAGGAACAAGCCAAAUGGAAAGAACGCGAAGAAGCUCGCAAGAAGGCUGAAGAGAAGAACAAAAACUGA